AUGAUUCCUAAUAAGGUUGUAACUGGCAGCCGCGGUGGGCCUGCGCUGGAAUAAGCUGCCAGGAAACUUUCCCUUGUAACCUCUCUUGUCUGAAUACUUAGAACAGAAACAAACACACGAAGAGUCCACGUCACUGUGCCGGGAGAAAUACAGCUGAGGGGAGAGGAGAGAUAGGGCCCGGGGAGGAGUGAGAGCUGCGCAGCGAUACAAUAAACCAUCGCUGAGAGCACAAAGAGAAGUCCAUUCAUGGCUGUAUCGCCCGUGGCAUGUGAGAGGCGGUGGUUGAUUGUGCGACAGGCCACCUCCGGCUCAUCAUGGCUCAGGUGCUGCAUAUGGACCCCAGCUUCCCAGGGAAGCUGAACUCGCCCACUCCCCCCGUCCUGCGCGGGAAGGAGCAGGAGGCCCCCUACUCCGUCGAGACCCCCUACGGCUACCGUCUGGACCUGGACUUCCUCAAGUAUGUCAACGACAUCGAGAAGGGCCACACCCUCAAGAAGGUGCCCAACCAGCGGCGGCCUCGCUACGGCUCCCUGCCGCGCGGCCACGGCUACACGGGCUCCUGGUGGACGUCCACCGAGUCCCUCUGCUCCAACACCAGCGUGGACAGCCGCCACUCCUCCUUCUCCUACUGCGCCCCGGGCUUCCACAGCAACCAGCGGCCUAGCUUCAGCGCGGCGCGAGUGGAGAAGACCCUGCUGGACGCCCGGCGGAAGCUGGAGGAGGAGAAGGAGGGCCGGCGCUUCUCCAACCUGGGCAGCAUGCACAGCAGCAUGGCGGGCUCCAACACCUCCAUCAGCAGCGCGCACAGCUUCAACCGCGCCCAGGGCGGCGGCGGCGGCGGCGGCGGCGGCUCCUACACGCCCAUGAGCUCGGGCUUGUCCACCCCGGUGUCGCCCACCCCGGCCCACCUGUCGCACGUGCGGGAGCAGAUGGCGGUGGCGCUGCGGAAGAUCCGGGAGCUGGAGGAGCAGGUGAAGACCAUCCCGGUGCUGCAGGUCAAGAUCUCGGUGCUGCAGGAGGAGAAACGGCAGCUGAGCGUGCAGCUGAAGAGCCAGAAGUUCCUGGGCCACAGCUUGGGCUUCAGCAGGGGCCGUCCCAGAGGGGAGCUGUACAUCGACAUCCCCGAAGAGGAGGCGAACGCAGGGGCCGGCGGCGCCGCGGCGCCGACGAGCCCCGAGCCCGAGGGGGGGCCGGCGUCCCCCACGACGCCCCGCGACGCCUCCAAGCCGGACUCGGGUUGCGAGAUCGAAGACACGGUGUUCGUGGGCGGGGCGCGGCCCGGGGCCGCGAGGGAGGUGCGUACCGUCGGGGUCGGGCCGGAGCAGGGGCCGCCGGUUCGGCACGCGGGGGUCGGGGUCCGGGAGCAGGACCUGGGGCUGCUCCCGGAGACGGACGCCCUGAGGGGCCAGGUGGGCCGGCUGGAGGAGGCGCUGAGGAAGGCGGCGGCGGACCUCCGCGCCGCGCGGCAGCAGGCGGAGCGGCCCGCCCAGGUCCUGCGCGCCGAGCACCCGGUCAGGACCACCAGUGUCGGCUGGCGGGAGCCCGAGGACCAGAGCCUGCAGACGCUGGUCAGCUUCACCCAGCACCCCGGGCAGAGGCAGCAGAGGACCGUGGGGGUCCAGGUGUACACCCUGGAGCAGCCCACCGUCACCGAGGUGGGGACGCUGAUCCGAGCCGAGAGCUGCAGCGCGGCCUCCCUCCCCACACCGCACGUCGCCCACGAGGGUCACCACCGAGGACACGUGGAAGUGAUCGCUUCAGAAGAUGCUCCGGUUGAGCUGCCGAUCGCAGUGAGCUCCAAGCAGGUGCGGGAUGUCCUGAGAAGCGAGUUGUCCACCUCAGUUCCUGUCGCUAAACCUGCCAUCGCCAUGGGAACGUCUGGCAAUCAGCCGCCAUUAUUGCAUCUGAGAGAUGCAGAGAAGACCCAGCCCACAGUCACUGAAGCAGCCCAUCCCCCGGAGGGUCUUCCUCAGACAGCCUCUCCCCAGUUGUCUCUGAGGUCGAUUAUGAAGCGGAAAGCAGAGGGGGAACCUGGGUCUCCUUCCUUGAAGAAAAACCUCCAGUUCAUUGGAGUCAAUGGGGGAUACGAGUCCACCUCCUCCGAAGACAGCAGCAGCGAGAGCUCGGAGGAGAGUGACUCUAGCGAGUAUCACGAAGCCAGAGAGAAACUCCCCGAGUCGGCUGCCAGAAACCAGCUCCAAACUUCGGCCACGACCCCCGUCGCCAAUCCCCAUGCCCAGGACACCGACCCUCCACCAGGCCACACCGCCGUCAGACCACCAGCUCCAGCUCCAGCUCCAGCUGCUGAAGCUCUGCAGACCACCAGCCCGCCCGCCUCUGCAGACACAGAAGCGCAGCCUGGCCCCCGGCGGUCCCCAGAAGCGCGCCUAGACGUGGGGCAAAAGGGCGACUCGGAACCACAGGUGGCCGAGCUUCAUCUAAGCCCCCCCCCGUCCCAGGCCGUCGCCCCGGACAACGCGGCCAGACCCACAGCGGCAGAGGGGGACACCGGAGAGAGAGAGGUUUUGCCGGGGACGCUCGCCCCGGAGUCCGUCGCCGUGGCAACGCUGUGCUCCACGGCGCUCGUCGCCGGUCUAAUCGAGGUCACAGACGGCGGCGAGCGUGCUCAGUACGUCGUCCAAUCGGAAGCGCGCGCUCCGACCCCUCAGCUUGUAGCCGACGAAUCAAAAUCCACGCAGGCUCCGCCGCAGACCCCCGGGCCGCCCUCGUCCUCCGUGCAGAGUGAGCCAGCCGCCGGCCAGCAGCCCGUCAGGCUGGAAAUGAGUGACAACCUGAUGGCAGCUCUCCACACCCUGCAGAAGUCCCUGGGAGACCCCAAUGCCUUCAGUCAGCAGGGCGCGAGGGCGGCCUACACCAGCGUCCUGCAGGAGUGGCUGCGCGUCUCCUGCAACAAGACGGCAGACCCGGCCCUGGUGCGGCUCUACAUGGACGCCUUCGCCUCCUGCUCGCCCCAGCUGCUGGAGUUUGUGAUCAACAUGGCCGACGGCAACGGGAACACGGCGCUGCACUACACCGUGUCCCACUCCAACUUCCCCGUGGUCAGACUGCUGCUGGACACCGGCAUGUGCAACGCUGACAAACAGAACAAGGCCGGUUACACUGCCAUCAUGCUGACAGCGCUGGCUGCCUUCCACUCUGACAGCGACCUCCACACAGUCCUGCAGCUGCUCAGGACAGGCGAUGUUAAUGCCAAGGCCAGCCAGGCCGGCCAGACGGCACUGAUGCUAGCGGUUAGCCACGGCCGCGGGGACAUGGUGCGUGCGCUGCUGUCCUGCGGCGCGCAGGUCAACGUGCGCGACGACGACGGCUCCACGGCGCUCAUGUGCGCCUGCGAGCACGGCCACGUCGACAUCGUGCGGCAGCUGCUGUCCGCGCCGGGCUGCGACGCCACGCUCACGGACAACGAUGGCAGCACAGCGCUGUCCAUUUCCCUGGAGGCCAGCCAGAACGACAUCGCCGUCCUGCUCUAUGCACACCUGAACUUUGCAAAACCCCCUUCUCCUGUGUCCCCCAGGUCCUCACUUCUGGGCCCUUCCUCUCCGCCCGGGGAAACAAAGUGAUGGACUUGUCCCCCGUUGGUGACACCCACUCUUCAGUCUACUUCUAUUUCUGUCUGCCUUUUCAUGUGUGCAACAGACCGAUACUGUUCAUCUGUGUGCGUUUGUGUGUGUGUGUGUGUGUGUGUGUGUGUGUGUGUGUGUGUGUGUGUGUGUGUGUGUGUGUGUGUGUGUGUGUGUGUGUGUGUGUGUGUGUGUGUGUGUGUGUGUGUGUUUUCUCUUUGUAUUUCCACUAUCUAACUAACAUUCUGGAGAUGUAAAGAUAAUGGCAUGACUCAACCACUCAUCUUUACACUGAUGUAUGGAACAUACGUACGUACGUAUGGAACAUACGUACGUACGUACGUACAUACUUACAUACAUGCACUCCACCCCCAGCCAUACCAUUACGGUGACAAAAGUGACCAUUUGGUAAUGCUUGAAAAGUAGUGUUGACUCUGUCUGAAUUUCAACUAUUUUUUUUACUAUACAGAACUGUUUCUUCUUAAAGCAAUAUAUAUUUUUUGUAGCCCAAUGAACUGUUAUACAUCCAUACGUCAACAAACAUAUUGCUUUGUGUAUCACCAGCACGGCCGUUUAAGGAAUAGCACAAGCCACCUCUCUCGUAGCAAAGUGUCCUUGAUAUAUCGCCUCAGUUACCAUUUUUGGCGCUACAAAGUCCAACACCUAUUCACCUCUUAGAUAAUAAUAAUAAUUAUACUACAAUUUAUACACAAGACCUCUUUACUGAGCAAUAUUUUGUUAUAGUCCCUAUUACUUAUUCUGAUUCAAAUGUAUGACUACCAGUGCUAGUGACAUGACAUAUUGGGGAUCCGGUUUACCUAUAUAAACACUGAUCUCUUUUUAAUGUAGUCCCAGCUCUUUUUUCUUUCCUAAAACGGAUCCAAAGAUGUAUCCCACAAUUCAACUCUUCCACACUGUGAGUUGUGUGCAGGUGUGUGAACCGGUGCAGUUGCAGAGGGUCAAUAAUUGCCAAGGUUUCUUUUAAAAUGUAUAGUACUGUAGUCUAUGGUUUGGUCUUGUUUGUUUUCUCAGUGAAGGUAUUUUGGAAUGGUCCUAGAAAGGUUUGGCAUUGGACGUGGAUGUCAAAGACAAUGUUUGAGUGAACCAAUGGAAGUUAGAACUUUUAUGGCAUCUAGAAAGUGACUUGAGUCCUUGUAGAGGAUGUGAUGUGUAAGAUAGGAGUAUCAAAAUAAUAUAUGUCAUUCGAAAAAUUGUGGUGAUGCAUUAAGUCAAAUUCUUUUUAAAUGUGUAUCAAUGACAGAAUUUCUAUUACUUUUGAAUAUUUUUCCCACUCUUUUAAUAUACACUUUUGAGCAAUAGAAUUUUUAUAGACUUUUUUUAAUUUAACUGUCCGUCUUUUUAUACAUUUGGUUUUAUAUUGUCACAUAUUCACAGUUCUUUGGUUUAAGUUUUAACUACUUGUGCAAGUUUGUGUGUUGCCAAAGUAUUUGUUCAUUUGGAAGAAAUAUAAUAAAUGUGGAUUCCAAAAUGGA